GCGGGCUGGAGGGAAGCAGCGGCUGCAGGAUGGAGCGGGACGCGGGGCAGAGGCCGUCCGCCUUCGACCUGCCCAAGGUAGAACUUCAUGUCCACCUGGAUGGAGCCAUUAAGCCAGAAACAAUCUUAUACUUUGGCAAGAAAAGAGGAAUUCCGCUCCCUGGUGACACUGUUGAAGACCUCUUGCAGCAUAUCAGUUACACGGAGCCACUCUCUCUCACCCAGUUUCUAGAAAAGUUUUCUUUCUACAUGCCUGCCAUUGCGGGGGACCGCGAUGCUGUGAGAAGAAUAGCCUAUGAGUUUGUAGAAAUGAAAGCAAAAGAAGGUGUCAUCUAUGUUGAGGUCAGGUACAGCCCUCACCUCCUAGCCAACUGCAAAGUUCAGCCUGUUCCAUGGGACCAAGAAGAGGGCGACCUCACUCCGGAUGAAGUGGUUCACCUCGUUAAUCAGGGAUUACAGGAUGGAGAAAGGGAUUUCAACAUCAAAGCCAGGUCUAUUCUAUGCUGCAUGCGCCAUAUGCCAAGCUGGUCAUUGGAGGUGGUGGAGCUGUGUAAGAAAUACCAGAACAAUACGGUGGUAGCCAUAGACCUGGCUGGGGAUGAGUUGUUGGUGGCUGAGACCUUCCCAGAGCAUAGGAAGGCUUAUGAGGAAGCUGAAAGAUGUGGCAUUCAUCGCACUGUCCAUGCUGGGGAGGUUGGGUCACCGUCUGUCAUCAAGGAGGCAAUCAAUGUUCUGAAGACAGAACGGAUCGGCCACAGCUACCAUGUCCUGGAAGACCCAGCCCUUUAUAGGGAGCUGUUGAGUAGGAAGAUGCAUUUUGAGACCUGUCCUUGGUCCAGUAUCCUCACCGGAGCAUGUGAUCCAGACUUUAGGAAACACCCAGUAAUUCAGUUUAUGAAUGAUAAAGCCAAUUACUCCCUGAACACUGAUGACCCGCUCAUUUUUAAUUCUUCAAUUGAGACUGAUUACAAAAUAGCUAAGCAGUUCCUGGACUUCACUGAAGAGGAGUUCAAGAGAGUGAACAUCAAUGCCGCUAAGUCCAGCUUCCUGCCUAAGAAAGAAAAGAAGGAGCUUCUCAGUAAGCUGUAUGAAGCCUACGGGAUGGUCCCAAACAACCCAUCCUAAUCCUGCUUCUACCAGCCGGCAAGGUGCAUUCACCUCUCCCCAUGUGUGCUCGACUCCUCUUUGUUUUAGUGGGAGCAUAGGAGGAGGAGAUGCCAUGGCACCAACGCAUAAUACUGGUAUUAUUAUGCUGAGCUUUACAGUCCAAGGCAUACACUAUAAAGCAGUAUUUCCAUGGUUCCUACCAUAUAUACCUAUCUACAACACCCACGUACUAAAUAGAUAUCUGAUUUCCUAUAUUUCUGACCCUCAAAUGUACAGGUGGAGUUUUCUGGUCUGAUUCCAUUGUGGCUUAUGCCAGUUUUACAUCCUGGUGUAAAUGAGAGCAAAAUAAGGCCCUGUUUCUUUGUGGUGGUGGUAACAUUUUUAUGUGACUUUUUGGUGCUCUAGUUCCAUUGCUGAUCUACCUUAGUCCCUCUCUGCACUACAAAAGUAAUCAUGUUGAGCAGCAGCUGUGGUCAAACCAUGGUAGAAGACAGUUUUUUUCCCCCCACCUUGCUUGUGUGCGUCGAACUGGGUGAAAUUAUUUCAGCAAAUAAUUUAUUUGCUGAAAAAUGCAGCUUUAGUCUAUUGAUCAGACCUGACUGGACCAGGACCCAAGCUGAGCACAGCUGACCCGAGAGUGUCAAGUCUUUUUCGGAACGGACCUCCUGAACCAGCCCCCAUCUGCAUCAUCACCGCCAUCACCUUGUCCUUAGGGCUUAGCCUGGUAGGCGUUGGCCACUCCCGACUCCUCCUCUCUGGUCACCUCCUGCCCAUGGUGAUGCCUGCAUGGCCCCCUGCCAGCUGCCCCCACCUCGCUGCGCUGAAUGUGCUGCGAAGUGGGAGGUAUUGCAACUUGUCAGCACGCCCAACCCAGAGGGUCAGGUUUUUUCAGAUCUGACCCUGACAGACUUACUCUUCUUCCUUAUGAGGAAGAAAGAACUGAACGUGGGUCUCGCACAUUGCAGGAGACCACCCUACCCAUUGGGCUAUGGGAUAUUCUGGUGUGUGGCUUUCUCCCUCUCCCCUGUGAAAGCUGUUCUACUGUAUGUAAAUAAUUAAAUAGUCAUUAGAGCUGGGACUUCAACUUGGGUCUCCCACAUGCUAGGUGAGUGCCCUAACCACCAGGCUAUCAAGUCAUUUUCACUUUCUUCCUAGCCCAGUGACUCUUCAUUGUCAUUCAAAGUGGCAGUUCAUAGUCAUUCAUGGAGACAUUGAAAGUAAGUGAGAAUGACUCUAUAUCCUGAUGGGUAGGGCACUUUGCUGCAGUGCAGGGCGACCUAUUCAAAUCCCUUUUCCACAUCUGACAGAGGGGGAACUGAGCUCAGGUCUCCCACCACUGGGCUAAAGGUUAGAAGUGAGGUGGUCAUCCUCCCCCCAACCCCCACCCUGCAUUUCAUGAUUUCUUCUUUGCUUUUGACAAAUGCCCCAAAUUGAAAAAGGUCAUGUUGGAAUGAAACCUUUUGCUUCAACUUGACUUUUCAACUUUUUGAGUCACCAAUUUUUUUUUUUAAAUACUUGUUUUCAAUUCAACCCAAAAUGAAUUUUUUUUAAUUGUAUCAGAAUGGCCAGUGAACCGAAAAAUCCAUUAUUCACCCAGUUGUAGUGUGCAUGUUAUAAUCAUACGAGAGAACCCUCUUCUGACACUGGUAGAUACCUAAAUAAAUAGUUUAUUCACCAUUUAUUCUUGUUUGUAUGGAUAGAAAAGACAGUGUUAAAACACAGUUUGGCCAUAACGGUAUGUAAACAAGGUUUAUUUUGUAUUGUCAAUGGGGACUAAGAACAAGAUGGAAAAUGCAGCAGUGGUUGCACUUAGGCUUUUUGGUUGCAGAAAUACAGUAACUUUUUUUUUUUUAAUUUAGCAAUUAUUUUGUCCUUUUUUUAUUUAUUAAAAAAAAAAUCUGUGUCGCAAGACCUUAAAUCUCCAAAAUGUCACUGCAGAUGAGAGCAUAUAGCUUGGCUUCAGGACACCGGAGGGUAUGUUUGGGGAGUCCAGAGGCCUCCAGAGGUUUGCUGCAUGUACAUAUAAAGUUAGUGCACAUGUUUACAAUUUCAGGACAAAAUUCUCCUCUCAGAUUCUCCGCUCCAGCAUUCUGCACUUCACAUGUGAGUCAGACUCCCAGGGGCUGAAUUUUGCUCUUACUCUGUUCUAUUUUUUAUUUAUUUUUUUUAGAUUCUU